UGUUGCUUUUGAAAACUGGAGGGUGUUUUGAAUCUGAACUGAGAGUGCGCGCAAAAAGAAUGAGAAAAUGGAAUCUGUUAUGGCCGUUUUGGGCUAUAAUGGCGGUUCAUGCUGUUGCUAUUCUGAUAUUCGUCAAAGGAUUUCUUCUUACUCGUACAGAGCUUCCUCAUUACAGUCACUGCUCCGAUGUUUCUCAAUCUCCUUGUUUCACUCCCGAUUCACUUUCUGAUAGCAAUCCUUCGGCUCCUCCUCCCUCUGAUGCAGCGAAUUUCAGCCGUUGCUGGACCAAACCUGCUGUUAAUCGCAUCCUCAUCAUUGUUUUUGAUGCUCUACGGUUUGAUUUCGUUGCUCCCAGUACAUUCUUUGAAGAAUCGAAACCAUGGAUGGACAAGUUGCAGGUAUUGCAUAAAAUGGCAUCAGAACGGGGUUCAUCAGCCAAGAUUUUCAAAGCCAUUGCUGAUCCACCAACGACAAGUUUGCAGCGAUUGAAGGGCCUAACGACUGGUGGACUGCCAACAUUUAUUGAUGUUGGAAACAGCUUUGGUGCUCCAGAAAUUAUUGAAGACAACUUGAUUCAUCAGCUUGUUCAGAAUGGAAAACGUGUGGUGAUGAUGGGGGAUGACACAUGGAUGCAAUUGUUUCCUCGUCAUUUUAGGAAAUCAUUUCCCUAUCCUUCCUUUAAUGUUAAAGAUCUUCAUACGGUAGACAAUGGAUGCAUUGAAAAUCUUCUUCCAUCCCUGUACGAAGAUGAUUGGGAUGUUCUCAUUGCUCAUUUUCUUGGUGUGGAUCAUGCAGGGCAUAUAUUUGGUGUCGAUUCUAGUCCAAUGAUUGAAAAGCUGGAGCAGUAUAAUACUGUUUUAGAGAAAGUAGUGGACGUUCUGGAGAGCCAAUCUGAACCGGGUGGGUUACAUGAAAAUACUCUUCUUCUCGUGAUGGGUGAUCAUGGACAAACUUUGAAUGGUGACCACGGUGGAGGAAGUGCAGAGGAGGUUGAGACGUCUCUAUUUGCUAUGAGCUUCAAGAAGCCUCCAGCAUUCAUACCAUCUGAAUUUGGUACUUCUUCUUGUCAAUUAGACUUGGAAGGGAGGGAGAUAUGUACCAGCUCCAUCCAACAGCUUGAUUUCCCAGUGACUAUAUCAGCGUUGCUUGGAGUUCCUUUACCUUUUGGAAGCAUUGGGCGUGUAAAUCCUGAGUUAUUUGCUCUAGGUGCUGGUACAUGGAAGUGGGAAGGUAUGAAGGUGGGAAACUACCUAAAUCAGUCAAAACAAGAAGAAUGGAUGAAGAAUUAUGUCAACGUACUUUGUAUCAACUCCUGGCAGGUGAAAAGGUAUAUUGAUGUUUAUACUGCUUCAUCAGUCAUCGGAUUUUCUGAUGAAGACUUGCAUCACACUGGUGGUUUGUAUGCCGAUGCAAUGGAAAAUUGGUCCCACAUGACAAAAAGUUUAUUAUCUAAGAAUGGGGGAAGCCACAUUGUCCAUUCUCUUAAGAGGCAAAUUGAUGCAUACUCUAAUUUCCUAACAAGUGUUGCUGAGCUAGCACGUUCUAAAUGGACAGAAUUUAAUUUAAAAAUGAUGACCCUUGGUUUUUGCAUUAUGGUAGCUUCACUUUUUGUCCAUUUCCUUGCUAUAAAGAGGGUUAGCAAACAAUGCAGCAUUUCUUUUGCAACUGAAGAUUGUGGAACAACUUUUGAGUUAAUGCUUUCUUGCUUUAUGGUGGCUAUACGUGCAUGCAGCUUUCUCUCAAAUAGCUUUAUUUUGGAAGAAGGAAAAGUGACAAGUUUUCUUUUGGCUACUACUGGCAUUAUCAUGCUACGAUAUUCAAUCACGAAUAAGAAACAUUUUUUUAAAGUCUUCAGUUUCCUUCUUUUGAUGAUCUACUGUAGAUUUACAAUUGAAGUUGGUCUACUGAAGCAGGCUGAUACUUCUGCAUUCUUGAAAGUUUAUCCUUCAUGGGUGCUUGAAAUUGCAUUCCUACUGCCUGGUUGGACAUAUGUAGUGGAAGCUGUGCCAAUUAUUGCACUGGUAUUAUUGGCACAGUUGCUUCAUAAAAUCAUUGCUAGCAGCCGUUCAAAGGGAAUAUGGAAGUUUGUAAUGUCUGGAACCAUUUUGUGUUAUAUCCUUAUUGGGUUCCAUUGGACACUAGRAAAUGAUGUGUUGCAUCUUGCUCCAACCAUUGAGGGCAUUGGAAAAAAUUGCAUUCCGAGAAUAAUCUAUGCUAUUGGACUAGGACAGCUAUCAUUACUAGUAUUUAGGCAGCUAAUUGGCGAGGACAAACAUUUAGAGUGCAGCAUAACUUUAGUAACCAAAACAGCCGCCAUGUUAGCUGCAUGGAGUCCAACAAUUAUUAUUCUAGCGGGAAAGCAAGGUUCCUUGGUAGCUUUGGCAUCUGUUAUUGGAGGAUACUGCAUAAUAAGUAUGGACAAUCUACAUCACGCAGAGGAUGGAAAUGGUAGAAUUCUGACAGUUGAUUGUCUUCCUAUAACGCAGUGGAGCUUGUUUUCUAUCUGUCUCUUUUUUAGCUCUGGCCACUGGUGUGCCUUUGAUGGCCUUCGCUAUGCUGCUGCAUUUAUUGGGUUUGACGAGUUUGUUCUAGUUCGCCAAGCAAUCCUUCUUACGAUCGAUACAUUUGGCUUCUCUACCAUCCUUCCAGUUUUUGGACUUCCUUUUAUUGUUGCAAACAAAUAUUCAUCCAGUCAGGCUGCAAAAGGAAAAUAUUCUCUCUUCAUGCGCUUAUCUCAAGCUUACUUGAUGUAUGGGCUCAUAAUGGCGGUUCCAGUCACAGCCACUAUAUUAUGCGUCAUAAUUCAAAGACGGCAUUUGAUGGUGUGGGGGCUGUUUGCUCCAAAAUUUGUAUUUGAUGUGGUAGCUCUGAUUCUGACAGACAUCUCCAUCUGUUUAGCCACAUUGUAUUAUGUGCCACGGCUAGAAUCAUGGUAGAGCUGCCUAAAAUUGUUAUCAAAUUCCAUCAAUUUUCAUUCCAUUUUCUUUUACUAUGAGAUUAAAUUUUUGGAGAUUUUGGUAUGAAUUCAUUAACAUUUUAUUUCAAUGUCUCUACCUAAAAAUGUAUCAACUUUUCCCCCUCUUUUUGUGGUGUGAAGCCAUUAUUGGUAUUACUAUUAGCUAGAAUGAGCAUCAUAAUUUGAAGAUAAA